UGUACCUCUCUGCAUUUCCCAUGAAAAAAGCCUCCUCUUUCCAUUCUCUUCAGCAUUUUUUAGUCUGAUCACUCUCAUUUCACGUCCCAUUUGUUCCCCUCUAUUCCCUUCUGAAUUCCAUUUCGACGAUGAAAGCCAUUCAAAAUCAUAAUUCAUGUUUGUUUUUCAACUUCAUUUGAUUUUUCCACAUUUUACGUAAUCUUUAUAUAUAUAUAUAUAUAUAUAUUUGAUACAGAUGGCAAUGGAGGAUGGGGAGAGUAAAAAGUUACGUAUUUGUUUGGUUUUGUGUCUCUUCUUCAUAACGUCUUAUAGUACCACUGACCCCAAUGAUGUCAAAGUUCUUAAUGACUUCAGAGAAGGCUUAGAGAACUCAGAGCUUCUCAAAUGGCCAGAAAAUGGAGAUGAUGACCCUUGUGGCCCGCCUUCAUGGCCUCACGUGUUCUGUUCAGGGGACAGAGUUUCACAGGUUCAAGUCCAGAAUUUGGGACUCAAAGGAACUCUUCCUCAGAGCUUUAACCAGCUCUCAAAGCUCUCAAAUUUAGGCCUCCAAGGGAACAAGUUCUACGGCGAAUUGCCUAGUUUUCGGGGUUUAUCCGACUUGGAAUUCGCUUACUUGGACAACAAUGAGCUCGACACAAUUCCGUCCGAUUUCUUCUCCGGUCUCAGCAAUGUCCGCGUCUUGGCGUUGGAUCGAAACCCGUUCAACGCGACCACCGGGUGGUCUAUUCCCGAGGACUUGGCGGAAUCGUUUCAGUUGACGAAUCUCUCUUUAGUGGAGUGUAAUGUGGUUGGACCGGUUCCGGAAUUCCUAGGCGCAUUGCCAUCCCUCGCGGUUCUUAAACUGUCUUACAACAGAUUGACCGGUGAGAUUCCGUCGAGUUUAAGGGAGUCGUUGGUGCAGAUUUUGUGGCUGAAUGAUCAAGAUGGUGAAGGGAUGAGCGGCUCAAUUGAUGUCAUCACAUCAAUGACAGUGUUGACCCAAGUUUGGUUACAUGGAAACAAGUUCACAGGCAAGAUUCCGGACAACGUUGGACAACUUCUCUCUCUCAAGGAACUCAACCUCAAUGGCAACAAUCUUGUUGGUCCUGUUCCUCAAAGCUUGGUAAAUAUGGAGCUUGAGAGAUUAGACUUGAGCAAUAACUUCCUCGUCGGUCCAAUCCCGGAGUUUAAGGCCGGUAAUGCUACAUAUGCUUCCAAUUACUUUUGUCAAUCUGAUCCUGGCCUUCAAUGUGCACCAGAAGUUACUGCACUUUUAGAUUUUCUCCAUGAUGUAAAUUACCCUUUAAAGCUUGUUUCUGAGUGGUCGGGAAAUGAUCCGUGCGACGGGCCAUGGAUGGGAUUGAGUUGCAAUCUUAAGUCCAAGGUUUCCGUUAUCAAUUUGCCCGGUCGCGGUCUGAAUGGCACUCUGAGUCCAUCACUUGCAAAGCUAGAUUCAUUGUUUGAAAUUAGGCUUUCAGGAAACAACAUAAAUGGAACCAUUCCUGAUAAUUUUACUCAGUUGGAAAACUUGAGACUGUUGGAUUUAACUGGAAACAAUCUUGAGCCUCCAUUGCCGAGAUUUCACGAUAGUGUGAAGAUCAUCAUAGAUGAAAAUCCAUUUUUUGUUGCAAACAAAACAACUCCUCCUGCUGUACCUAGUGAAAGUCCAGAUUUCCCUAGUCCAAUAUCUCCUUCUCCCUCAAAACACACAUCAGAACAUGCGCCGAGAUCUCACGGUGCGACGUCCCCAAGCACUAAUUCUGAUGGUUCUAGUCCUGCAGAAGUGGAAUCCCAGCCAAAACAGUCCAACAGAACCAAACAAGUCACAAUUGUUGCAGGCAUUUGUUCUGCCUCUGUUGUGGCUCUUUUCAUGACUUUUGUGUUUGUAUUCUUUUGUAUGAAGAAAAAGGCAGCCUUAGAAGCUCCUAGUUCCAUUGUGAUUCACCCUAGAGACCCGUCUGAUCCAGACAAUAUGGUUAAGAUUGCGGUUUCGAACAACUCCACAGGGAGCUUAUUCACUCGAACAGCGAGUAGUUCCAUCAGCAGCACCGCAACUGACUCUCGGCAGAUUGAGGCUGGGAACCUAGUUAUAUCUGUUCAAGUUCUUCGGAAAGCGACGAAGGAUUUUGCUCCUGAAAAUGAGCUUGGCCGUGGUGGAUUUGGAACUGUUUACAAGGGUGAGCUUGAAGACGGGACCGAAAUCGCUGUCAAGAGAAUGGAGGGCGGGGUGAUUAGUAGCAAGGCACUUGAUGAAUUCGAAGCGGAAAUUGCUGUUCUUUCCAAGGUCAGACAUAGACAUUUGGUUUCGCUUUUGGGGUACACCAUUGAGGGCAAUGAGAGGCUUCUUAUAUAUGAUUAUUUGCCUCAAGGUGCUCUUAGCAGGCAUCUUUUCCACUGGAAAAGUCUGAAUUUGAAGCCACUUUCAUGGACAAAUAGACUCAUAAUUGCGCUUGAUGUUGCUAGAGGAAUGGAGUAUCUACAUAGCUUAGCACGCCAAACCUUCAUACACCGCGAUCUCAAGUCGUCUAACAUUCUUCUAGGCGAUGACUUCCGGGCAAAAGUUUCGGAUUUUGGGUUGGUUAAACUCGCUCCCGACGGCGUAAAUUCUGUUGCAACUAAGCUCGCUGGGACAUUUGGUUACCUUGCACCUGAAUAUGCAGUGAUGGGAAAGAUCACAACUAAAGCUGAUGUAUUCAGCUUCGGGGUAGUGCUGAUGGAACUUUUGACCGGCCUUAUGGCGCUGGACGAAGGACGUUCGGAGGAAAGCCGGUACUUAGCCAAUUGGUUUUGGCAAAUAAAAUCUAGCAAACAAAGGCUCAUGGCUGCGGUCGAUUCGACUCUUGACGCGGACGAAGAAAGCAUUUCUACGAUAGCGGAACUGGCUGGACAUUGCACUGCAAGGGAGCCGCACCACCGGCCUGACAUGGGCCACGUCGUGAAUGUGUUGGUCCUACUGGUUGAGAAAUGGAAACCGGUUGAUGAUGAACUAGAUAGCAUAUCUGGUAUUGAUUACAGGCUGCCACUUCCUCAGCUGUUAAAGGCUUGGCAAGAAACUGAUAGCACUGGGGCUAGCUUCAGCAGCAAUAUCAAUGACAGCAAGGGAAGCAUUCCGGCCAGGCCUAUGGGAUUUGCAGAGUUGCUGACUUCCACUGAUGCUCGAUGAGUAUCGAAGCAAUGGGAUGUGAUGGUGAACAUCAGCUGCUGCAUACAGUUUCUAAUGCUCAAGGUGGCAUUUUGGUGAUUUUAUUAUAUAAUUUUCUCAGUCGAUUUUUGAGAACUGUUUUGAAGGUACCAUUGGAGAUAGAGAAGUUUUAGCUCUACUUUGUUAUAAAUUCAUUGUUCUCCAAUGAUGUGGAGUGAUCUCUUAAUUUGGUUAUAUGUUGCAUUAUAGAUAAUUGAUAUUGAGAUGUCUCAUAGUAUAAAAUUCAAUAUUAACCGCGUAUAAGCGUCACCAGUGGUGCCUUAAAACGCACGUAAUUGGUUCUCGAUUUU